GCGGCGGCAGGAAGUGGGCAGAGCGGAGCUGCGCGGCCCGGGGCGCCAUGAGGGUCCGGGCGGCCGGGCGGCGGACCUGGGCGGGCAGGAGCUGCGCGCUGCUGGCGCUGCUCACCGCCGCCUACUUCCUGGUGGAGCUCUCGGUGUCCACCUUCCACACCAGUACCCGGGGCGGCCGCGCGCGGGAGCCGGGGGCCGGGCGUCUCGCGAACUUGCAGCGGAGGGAGGAGGACCUGUCCCGGCCCCUGUACGAGAAGCCCCCCGCCGACCCCCGCGCACUGGGCGAGUGGGGCCGAGCAAGCAAGAUGCAGCUCGGCAAGGAGGAGCAGAAGCAAGAGGAGGAGCUCAUUGAGAGGUAUGCCAUCAACAUUUACCUCAGUGACAGGAUUUCCCUGCACCGCCACAUAGAGGACAAAAGAAUGUAUGAGUGCAAAUCCCAGAAGUACAACUACCGCAGGCUUCCCACCACCUCAGUCAUCAUCGCCUUCUAUAACGAAGCCUGGUCCACCUUGCUCCGCACCAUUCACAGCGUGUUGGAAACCUCCCCUGCAGUGCUUUUGAAGGAGAUCAUACUGGUGGAUGACUUGAGCGACAGAGCGUAUUUGAAGACUCAGCUGGAAACUUAUGUCAGCAAUCUAGAACGAGUCCGCCUGAUCAGAACCAAUAAGCGAGAGGGCCUGGUUCGCGCCCGCCUCAUCGGAGCCACUUUCGCCACUGGCGAUGUCCUCACUUUCCUAGAUUGCCACUGUGAGUGUAACUCAGGCUGGCUGGAACCACUCCUGGAAAGGAUUGGCAGGGAUGAAACAGCAAUUGUUUGUCCUGUCAUAGACACCAUUGAUUGGAAUACUUUUGAGUUUUACAUGCAGACAGGGGAGCCCAUGAUUGGUGGGUUUGACUGGCGGUUAACUUUCCAGUGGCAUGCUGUCCCCAAGCAUGAAAGAGAAAGGCGGACAUCAAGGAUUGACCCCAUCAGAUCGCCCACCAUGGCUGGAGGGCUGUUUGCUGUCAGCAAGAAGUACUUCGAGUACCUGGGGACAUAUGACACAGGCAUGGAAGUGUGGGGAGGUGAGAACCUGGAGCUGUCCUUCAGGGUGUGGCAGUGUGGUGGUAAAUUGGAGAUCCACCCGUGUUCUCAUGUGGGCCACGUGUUCCCCAAGCGAGCACCCUACGCUCGCCCCAAUUUCCUGCAGAACACUGCACGGGCGGCUGAAGUGUGGAUGGAUGAAUACAAAGAGCAUUUCUACAACCGGAACCCUCCAGCACGGAAGGAAGUUUACGGUGAUAUUUCCCAAAGAAAAUUACUACGAGAACGGCUGAGAUGCAAGAGCUUUGACUGGUAUUUGAAAAAUGUGUUUUCCAAUUUACAUGUACCAGAGGAUAGACCAGGCUGGCAUGGGGCUAUUCGCAGUUUGGGAAUAUCUUCUGAAUGUUUAGAUUAUAAUUCUCCUGACAACAACCCCACAGGAGCUAACCUUUCGCUCUUCGGAUGCCACGGUCAAGGAGGCAAUCAGUUUUUUGAAUACACUUCAAACAAAGAGAUACGCUUUAAUUCAGUAACUGAGUUGUGUGCGGAGGUUCCUGAGCAAAAGAACUAUGUAGGGAUGCAGAACUGUCCUAAAGAUGGGGCCCCUGCUCCGGUAAACAUCAUUUGGCACUUUAAAGAUGAUGGGACCAUUUACCAUCCACACUCAGGACUUUGUCUCAGUGCUUAUCGGACACCUGAGGGUCGGCCUGAUGUGCAGAUGAGAACUUGUGAUGCUCUAGAUAAAAAUCAAAUCUGGAGGUUUGAGAAAUAGAGGGGCGCAAGGCCACUUUCAUUUGCAACUGACAGUGGCAUCAGGAAAGCCAGAGCCUCAGCUUUUGUCCGCAGCCAUGCACCUGUGAGUGCACCAGAAGGCUGGGGUUCUUUUUGGAAUGUUGCCCUGAACCUGGUUACAUGGUGCUGCUGUGGAGUAUUCCAAGUGCCUUCCCUUUGGGUAUCUUAUCUGAGAGCUUUGUCAGUGUGCCUCUUACUUCAAAAAGCUGACUGUGAAUUGAGAUACACAACAUUGAAGUGCCAGACUCACUAUUAAAGAAUGUAGAAGUUCAAGCAAAUGAAUGUGCAUUUUGGGCUAUUGCUAAUUUGGUUACAUAGAGUUUAGCUAACACUGAAAUCCUAGGUUUUAUUUUUUUAAACUAAUUUUUCCCUAAUCAAAUACAAAUCAAAGAAAGUUGAUCUUGAGGGAAAGGUGGGGGUUUAAAGCUAUCUGUAAACAGAUAUAUGGAGUCAUUGGAAGAGGGCAUUACUUUGCAUGUGAGCUUGAAAGUUUAACAUAGCUCAAAAAAUUAUACCCAUGACUGAAUGAAAUGGGAUAUUUACAUUCCACACUUUGUGACCUUCAGUUGUUGGACUCAGCUGAUCUAUACAUUGAUACCUCGAAUAGUUCUGAUUUUUAAGCUGUUCUGUGAACUUGUUCAUGAGUGUAGGGCAUUUUCUGAUUGCACUUCCUUAAGUUAUGAAUGUACUAGAAAAAAAUUCAGAAUACUUCACAUCUCUUUGUUAAUACUUAAUCAAGGAAAGUAAACACAGUUGAGGCUUCUGACGUUAAACCCAAUCGCAUUUAUGAAAAUGUGUGAAACUGAAAGUGGGCCCGGAGCUGCACUGGCCAUGGCCCCCUCCGGAAGCUUGCACUGACUUGGGCGUUGAGGGCUUUUGUGAGAUUACAAGGAAAAACCCUGAACCUGGCACUCAUGAACCCAGCCUUACAGCCCAUUCUCAGCCCACAGCAGCGUGGCGCUGUGGCACUCUGCGUAGAUAGGCUAGUGAGGUGGGUGCUGGACCAAGGAGUGCGCCUGUGAUCAGGUCCUCUGAUGUCUGUGUGGGCCUCAGAGACGUUGCUGUGGGUGCUGGGUUGGGUCUCGAAGCUCCCUCCCAGCUCUGACACAUUGGCUGUAUGAUGUCCCUGCUGUGGACUCAGUCACUGUGUAAUUUCUACAACUUUUAAUCCCUUCAAUUUAACAUAGGUAAUGUUGAACAAUUGAGCCAUUUGUAAAGCUGGAAAAAAGAAAAGUUUUUAAAUAUUCAGUGAGGGAUAAAAACCAGGAAUGGUGGCACACACCUGUGAUCCCAGCAUUUGGGAAGCUGAGACAGGAGGGUCACUGAUUUUAAGGCCAGCCUGGGCUGCAUCAGAAAGCUCAAAACCAGUCUAGACUGCCAUCCUGUCUCAAAAAAAUAUGAAUAAAAAAAAAAUUAA